AUGCCCACCCUUAAUGCGUAUGGUGCAGUGUUCACGCUACAUGAGACGGCCGAUGGGUCCCGAUGCCUGUAUAUGGCCGCUCAGCCGCAGGUCAGGCGUGCGGGAACAGAUCUCUGGGUCGACAUCCCGGCUGAGGAGAUCCCGCGUGGGGCCCUCCCCCUGGGCGAAGUACCCAUCCGCGACAAGGAUAUGGAGGAGGUCACGCUACUGAGCAGCCUUGAAGAUCUCUUGACGGAGAAAGAGAUGCACGACCAAGUCCAGCGCAUUGUCGCGGCCUGGAAGGAAGGGUGUGAGACGCUGCAAGACGCUACCGAUGUCCACAGCUGGGAUGUGCUGCGAUACGGGGAGAAUCUGAAGACUCUUCACCAAAGGAUGAUUGUUGCCACGAUCCAAUGGCAGCAACGUCAGGUUUUUCGGUCCAACAAGAGCGCUACCAGUCACCCCGAGCCUUUGAAGAAGAACAAACCACUCCGCAUGCUGAGGGACGCCGUUACCGAAGCGCAAGGGGCAAAGCAGAGAGCUGCCAGCUUGGAAGCGGCAUUCGACCAGGUCAACUCCCAGCUGGUCCGUGGCUUGUGUGAAACAUUCGCUGAGCAUCCAGUCUGUGCCCAAUUCACUGCAGACACCGACAAGAUGGAGCUUGCCGCAAAGGGCCGUCGAGGAGAGACUUCGACUACCAUGACUACAAAGGCUGGGUCGGAAGUGGACGAAGGUCUGAAGACAGUCUAUGGGAUGCCGCUGGACCGGCUCAGUGCGCUGCGUACGGCACUGAGUCCAAGCGCCAUGGCAGAGGCGGAGGCAAAGAGCAGCGGCAAGGAAUGGAAGGCGUUCCUCAAGCUCGGCACGUCGCAGCGGUACCUGACCGAGAUCCUCUCAUGGAUUGAGCGGAAAGAGCAGACACAACAGGAAGCGGAAAAGCAGUUCGAAGGAGCCGCCACCGGAGCGAUGGCUGCCUUGCGGACGAUGCAGGGCCACAUUCAGGCCCUGGAGAGGUUCCGCCUCGAUUCGACCUCGGUUUCAGGACCUGGGACUGGGUCAGGGGUCGAUCCUGGAGAGGCGGGCGUGAACGACUCCAGCAUCAAGUAUGGUUUUGGACUCUCAAGUCUGCCAUAUACCAUCGUAUACUUCCUGCUCAAUGAUGUCAGCCUCGACGGACUGGUCCAAUACUCCGCAGCGCCACCUGCGGUGAUGUCUUGCAAUGUCUCUGACGCCCGCUGGACGGGGCUGGCUCGACUUUCGAGCGGGACAUCUCAGGUGAUGCUUACGCGCGCCUUUUGUGUAGCUCAGCACCUCAAUAGAUACACUAGACCUUCUCGUUUGAUUCGGAACCCCCUGUUGGCCGCCACAGCCUUUGCUGCCCCUCUCUCUCAGGACGAGAAAGACUACCUCACAUCCCGCCCCACCGUCCUCCCUGGCCAGAUCGACGCCUCCGUCGCCCAAGCCGUAUACAUCAAAGCAGACCCCCUCCUCCAACUCCAUCCAACACAGUACGAUACACCCGCCGAGCUCGCCCGAGCCUUCGCCUCCGCCCAGACCGGCAUCGAGGCCUUGCCUACCUACUCCCCCGACGCCGAUAGCUCCCAGUACAUCGCAGACCACUAUGCGCCCCUCGUGGCCGUCGUAGGGGACACGCUGUUCCUCUCAUUGUUGGAUAUGAGGGAGUUGAGUAAUGCGGUCUUGGAGAAUCAGCUGUAUGAUUCGCUCAUAGGACCUAUGGAUGCCGGGAUCUAUCGAUAUGUCCUCGCUUUGAACGAGCGAUUCCAGGGCUUCGGCUGCGCUAUGUCAGCAAGGAUGGGCGCGGACUCGCCAGCGGGACAGGCGCUCAAGGUGGUCUCGGAACAGCUGUUCUAUCUCCUUUUGGACAACAUCCCGCAAGGUCAAUGUUGA